GCUUAAGAUAAAUCGAAGCUUCCAGACCUAAAAAGCAAUUGGAGAUCAGAACGACUGAGGAGAAACCUAAUCCGAAGAAGAAGAAGAAGAAGAAGCAGACGAAGAAGAAACAGAUGGCGAGGAUGAUGGAGACGAAUAGAUCUGAGGCGCAGGUGAUUGAUUGUUUUAUUCCGCGGUGCAUAUAGCACACAGCUUUGUUAUCAAGAUUGGUUCUUAAUUCCAGUACAUGCAGGCCAGUUCUAAGUAAAAUCAGACUUCCAUGUAAGUUGUAUUUCUGGCAAUUGUUUUGUGUAUGUGUGCGCGUGAACCUGCAUGAUUUGUUCGCGAAAAAUUCUCCUGCCUAACCUCAAUUGAGCCCGUGUGAAGCGUCGACUAGAUGUUGCCUUUAAAUGUUUUCUUUGUUUGCUGUCUUCGACUCUAUGGCUCUUAUUAAUUCUCGGUUUGGAUGAGAGAUAAAGAUGACUGAUCAGUGUUCUGUUUCCUCACUUGUACCUUUUCUGUAUCCUCUGUGUGUUCUUUUGUAGUCUAUAUUGAUGUCUUGAGGGAGGCCUUUCCUCUGUUUACCAUUUCGCUUGUUAAUGUCCUUAUUGGCUUUUUGCAAAAUUUUCUGUUUACCGGCUUUCUAAUUUAUGUGAUUUUCCUGAAGAAAAAAGAGAGCACGCAGGGGGAAGAAUGGCAACGAAUCUGUGGCAGAAACUAUCUCCUGGUGGAGAGAGCAUAAUCAAAAGCUCGACUGCUCCAAUGAGAAUGAGAAGCGAGUUCCGAAACCACCUGCUAAAGGUUCAAAGAAAGGUUGUAUGAGAGGCAAAGGAGGACCAGAAAAUACUAGCUGCCAGUACCGUGGUGUUAGACAACGCACCUGGGGCAAAUGGGUCGCUGAGAUCCGAGAACCUGACCGGGGGAAUCGCCUUUGGCUCGGAACUUUCCAAACUGCAAUUGAAGCUGCCCUUGCUUAUGAUGAGGCUGCAAGAGCUAUGUAUGGUAACUUGUCCCGCCUUAACUUUCCGGAGGCUAUGCCAUGGGAAGAGUCAUGGGAGUCUGCCUCUUCAGCUUCACAUAAUUGUCCCGCUGUGAUUGGUGCCUCCAUUUCUCAAGAGGAUCAGAUUAGAGAUCCUAAAGCUGAAGUCAAAGAGGAGCUCCAGUCUCAUCACAACGAUACUAUUGGUUUCUUGCAAGAGGCACCUUUAUCUGCUGAAGCGCCAGAGGAUGAAUUCUCUGUGGAGGAUAUGUUGAGGAUGAUGGCAAAUGAAAUUGACAGCAACAGCGUGGAUGAGUUUGGUGCCACAGAGAACUGGCAAUGGCCUAUGCCAGACGACAACCUAUUGAACUUCCAUAACACAGAUGAUACCAUCGAAAUUGGCCCUUUGUGGGCCGACAGAGACCGACUUGAGUUGGACACGGAGUACAGUGACAUUGUUUCAAAGCCGUUGUUGGGUGAUGACUGGGAGCAAGGCAUGGUGAUGGAAAUGCCUACAACUGCUGAGUUUGGUGUCUCCACUGUGGAUGUCCUUUCAAGUCCAACUAAUUGAUAAUGUCGUGACAAACCAUUUAUUUCCAGAAUCACUCGAUCUCUACUUUUUAAAAGAGAUGAGAGAUGUAUAACCUCAUUUUCUGCCUUGUACAUAGUUCUCAUAGAAGUUGGGAGUUGUAUUCUGUUUGAUUAGUCAGUCACCUGUCAUGCACAUAGGCAGUCUCGGCAAGGUUGUUACUUUAUCUAGUCAGGACUGCUGUAUUUUGUGAUUUAAACAUGUCGCAUAUGUCAUAAGGGACUCCCAGCUGUGUCCACAGAUCUCUUAUUGGAAUUACUCUUAUCAUUUUUUAA